AUCGUGGCACACGGGAGUAUGUGGCAGCUUCAGAGUAUGAUUAAAGAAGUCACUGGGAAAAAUGCCGUCCUGAAUUAUGCUUUCUAUGGCUGCUACUGUGGUUUGGGUGGCAAAGGACAUCCAAAAGAUCCCACAGACAGGUGUUGCCAUAGUCACAACUGCUGCUAUAAAAAGCUGAAGGAGAGUGACUGUCACGGAAACACCAAGCGGUAUGAUUAUGCCUACAAGAAUGGGAAUAUAAUCUGUGCUUUGGGGAGCUGGUGUGAAGAGCAGGUCUGUGCAUGCGACAGGAAUGCCGUGUUCUGCCUGGAGAAAAACCUGGACACGUACAAUUCGCGAUUUGUUCGCUAUCGAGACAGCAAGUGCACGGGACCCACACCUGAGUGCUAUAGGGGCUGCCUGAGUCCCUGCCAGUCCUUCAAUGGAAACCCAAAACCAUGGGAGCCUGAGCUGAUUGAGUUGCUGCUGAAAUACCAAAAAAACCCCAAACUUUUAGCCUAUGGAGAGACAGGACAUAUCCUACUCCAUUUCCUCUUGGCUCUCCUAUACUGUUCUCUUGACUCCCUGCUGUUUUACUUUUCAGCCUGGAAAAGCUGCGAGAAGAUGAUCUGUGAGUGUGACAAAACUGCUGCAGCAUGUUUCCAAAAGGCUGCCAAGACCUACAACACAAAAUAUAACCAUGACCCAGACUUUAUAUGCAAGGGAGAAACUCCCUCUUGCUAA